AUGUAUUCACCGCUACGUCAGAAGAUUUUAGAUUUUGUUUCUGUUUUACGAGCGACGGAUAUUUCUGCUCAGGACCUAUUGCUUGCAUUAGCGGACCCUGUCGAUGCCUGCCAGACCCUCAAGCAAACAAACACCCGAAAUGAGGACUUUUACUUGGAUGCUUCCGUUUUCCUAGAAACAUUCAAUGCUCUUAAGCGUUGUUAUAUUCUGUGCCGAACACUUCGUCCAGCGGAAGAAGUGCGGAAACUCUUACUAAGUCGCAUUUAUGAGCUUCAAUCUGUAACUUAUGUUCUAUCUGUAUAUAAUUUUCAGUAUUUUAUAGAACGGCUGAUGUAUGAUGGCUGUUUCUGCUUUACAUACGACGAAUGGAUGGGCAGAGAGAAACUUCCAGUUUUGCUGAUGAACGCUGCUAAUGCAGCAGAUCUUAUCGAUCCCCGUUUGAGCUUGCCUAUGUGGAAGAUCGCAUCUACUUUUAUUUAUCAGUACAAAAACGAACUCAAAAGUUGUGCUGACUUUCUGGACAAUGUUUUGAUAAUCAUCCAUAAUUCCGCCCAACACUUUCUCCAAGAUUGGGUUCGGAUAUCACAGACCUCAAAAGAAAACAUCCGUUCAACGGAAAUUAAUUCCAACGUAAAUCCAAACCAGAAGAUGUUGAACCUGUUGUGUCGCAUUGCCACUUUCUGUGUGCGGGAGUUUGCAGCAGUUGCGCUUAAACAGACGCACAAAACUGAGUCGGGGCUUUUCACUUGGUUGAUUUGGCUCGUGAGUACACGAUAUUCUUCUGGUCUCAAGGUCCCCGAAUCUACAUUUCCUUCAUGUAUGCUCCCUCAUUUGGAGACUUCAUUGUUUCUGUCCCUCGAUGUGUUACUGGACCAUCUGUGCACGUUGCCGACCUCGAUGGACCGGAACACACGCUCUGUCGUGACAGAUCGUUUUAGAUUGGUUCCAAUGGAACCAUCCGUUAGGUUGCGUUUAUACUCUGGGAUCCUUGCUCGAUUGUCACGCCAUCCCCGAUGUUACGCCGAGUGGAUAUGUGCAGACUUCAAUCUAUACGAAGAAUACAUUGAAGCUUCUAUCCAACUGCGUAUUUUUGAACCCACCGAUGAAUCAGAGGACUUGGUGCGUUCAUAUGUCGAUGAGUUCUACGCCACAUCAUUACAGCAGAUCUGUGCGUCCAUCUGUGGCCUUCCUGCCAAUUGCUUCUUUUUUCUGGAGAAGGCGCUUAUGAAAGGGCUCCUAAGUAAUCACCCUUGGACUAGCUUGCUUUCUGCCGACAUAUGGUGCUUUGUUGCUCGUUAUGGCACGGGGGACCUCUGUUGGCAGUAUGCAAUUCUAUUCGCCUCCACGAUUCAACGGGAAGCUAUGCAUCUCAAUUCAUCGAAACUUACUGACGAUCAUACAAAGCAUAGUCAAGUCAUCACUCAGUUGGAUGUCCUUGGUUGCUUACUGGCGAGGUUUCUUGUGUUUCUCACCCCUAAGCAACAGGUCCAUUUCUUAUGCAAAUAUCCAUUAACUCACACCUCUUUGCUCAGCUCACCCGAGAUUUCCAUGGAAAUGUCCUCUUCGCUACUUUGGCGCUUCGUUCCACUCCCCACUAGCCACCUACAACUUAACACCAGGUCCCUGAUUGAAACCCAGCUGUCAAACAGGUUGUCCAGUAUACUCCCCCUUGAAAAAGCAGGGCGUGCAGAAGAUGACAUGGCCGUACAACUUGCCACCGAGACGGCUCUCGCUCUGCGAUUAGUGGACUGUCAGUCCUCUAACUGGUUGGCAACCAAUGCUUCGACGGUGUCCGCAGUCGCUCGUCACUCCUUGACAUGCUUCACUGUAGUUUCGAGUGCUCCUGUUCACCCUCGGCUGAUACCUUGCUCCCACAGUCUGUUGGAUGCGGUGCGCCGCCCGUUGUGUGCCUUCUCGCAUCAUUUAGCCAUGUGGAUCAUCCAGCUUACUCCCAGCCUUCAACUUGUGGAUCCACUAUUACAGUGGCUGGCUACAGGGACACUAACGGUCUGCAGAGGGAAUAGAUCGAUGUCACCCCUAUCGUCUUUUGUUGCUCUUCAAGCCUGGCACUCAUGGGUUUCCGACCUCAGGGCACCUAUUCAGAGUUCGAAUGCUUGGCCUCAAGUCAUUUUUAGCGCUCUCAGUGCCCUUCCCUCGGUCGAAAUGGCUCCAUUUUGUCGUACGAUUUGCAACUCUCUCAGAGAAAUGCUUGUCGAACUAAACCACGGAUCGUCGCCGGAGGCAGAUUCUGCAUGCGGCAACCUAGAAAUAACCUCCCACAUCGACCAGAUGACGGAUGCUUUCAACCGUUUGGAGUCACUUUUUUCACAUUCUUCCAUCCGGCCUUCCCUCGUUGAAAUUGAUGCUAUCCACAGCCUUUCUGUCAGGAUAACACAGUUCUUAACGCUUCUUUCAGAGUCCCACCAACGGUGA